GUACCCCGCCGCGGCGCUGACCUGCCGGCCGGGGGUUAGUACAUCAGGAAAAUGCGGUAAACAGGGAGUUUACCGCAUUUCCGCUUAGUACAUCCGGCCCAAUAUACCCGACACAGUGUAACGGUUAUGGCUAGAACCGAGUUGGGGAAAGGACCUCAUGUGGCUACUAUACAUAUGGCUACUAUAAUGAGAGGACCCUCGGGGGAGAUGCCUGCUGUGCAGAAAGCGCAGUGACAGGGAACCAGCACCUAUUAUACCGUAUGAGGGGCGCCAUCACGGCCGCAGGAGGCCGCUGUCCCGACCACCACCGCCAUUCUAAAUCAAAGCGCAGCGAACCCAGACUUUUCCAGAACCAUCCCCCUCCGUCACCCGAGGCAACGGCACAGGCCGGAAGUGACGUGCCCCCAGACAUCGCGUUAGUAAGGCACGCUUCCGCUGCUGCUGGUCUGUGUUAGCCGCUGCGUCGCAGGCAGCAGAAGAAGAAUACGAGGGGAGCGAUAGCCAACGGGAGAGGUUUCCAAACCCAUUCCUUCUAAAUCAUGGUGGAGUAUUAUGAGGUCUUGGGAGUUCAGAGAAAUUCCUCUGCAGAGGAAAUUAAAAAAGCAUACCGUAGAUUAGCCCUGAAGUGGCAUCCUGAUAAAAAUCCUGACAAUAAAGAUGAAGCGGAGAGGAGGUUUAAAGAAGUUGCUGAGGCUUAUGAAGUCUUGUCAGAUGUCAAGAAGAGAGAUAUCUAUAAUAAAUUCGGAAAAGAGGGAUUAACAGGUGGAGGAGGUGGUGGCGGAGGAAAUCAUUAUGGCCAUCCAUUUGAACAUAACUUUACAUUCAGAAGUCCAGAUGAUGUCUUCAGGGACUUCUUUGGAGGAAGAGAUCCGUUCUCAUUUGACCUAUUUGAUCCUUUUGAUGACUUCUUUGGCAACAGGAGAGGCCACAGAGGAAACCGAAAUAGGCCUGGAGGUUCUUUCCUUACAGGCUUUGGCGGAUUCCCUAGCUUUGGCCCUAGCUUUUCACCAUUUGAUUCAGGUUUUACAUCAUCCUUUGGUUCCCUUGGGCACGGUGGAUUUACUUCCUUCUCCUCCUCUUCGUUUGGUGGCUCAGGAAUGGGCAACUUCAAAUCUGUAUCAACUUCAACCAAAAUGAUAAAUGGCAGGAAAAUUACUACUAAGAGGAUUGUUGAGAACGGACAAGAACGCGUUGAAAUAGAAGAAGAUGGACAGUUAAAGUCCUUAACAAUAAAUGGUGCGAACGAUGAACUGGCCUUUGCAGAGGAAUGCAGACGCCGUGGACAGAAUGCUUUACCGUCAAGCAGUAAGACCUCCAGACCCCACCGACCAGCCGGCCUUUCUAGGCACGGUCACAACUACAUAAGUGAUGAGGAGGAGGAAGAUAGAAUGAGGGGCACAAGCAACUUUGGGGAACCUCACCUUAAUUCAGCAGGACACAAGGAGGGUAGCAAGAGAAAGAGACAGAAGCAUCGAGAGGAACAGAAGAAAGUGAAGUCUUCUAAACCGUACCACUAACCUGGACUCACAAGAUCUACCUCGCGUACACCAGAAAGCACCGCCGGUCCAUGGCCGAAACAUUAACACCUUUGUUUCUGUAUAUAUAUCUUGCUUCUGUUUUUUUUUCAGCUUUAUCACCUUAGUGGACUGAACUAAAUUGUGAUAAAUGCCUAAUGGCUGCAGUCGCCCAUCUUUCUGCACACUGUGAAUGAGUUUCCCUCUGCCAGUACGAUGACCGCUGGUGCUUGGCAGGUGAGCAGCGCUGCGGUCCAGCGCAGGGAAGCGUCAUCACGGCAUGUUGAUUAGAUUCCAGCAACCAUGAAUUUAGUAGAAUGUUUUGUUAUUACCCAACAUUUAAGGGGUUUAAAUUAUAUUGUUAUUGCACUAGAAAUAUUUUAUUUUAUUGUUUAGUGUUACAAACCAGAGGUAUCGCAUCAAUGCUGAGUGAGGGUGUUCAUUUUGGCAGUAGUUCAGGAUUGCCAAUGUUUGUUAAAAAAAAAAAUCAUAGUAACUAAUAAUAAUGAUGAUGAAUAAAAGAAUGUACCCUCCCCUGGAAAUAAAUAUACCGCACUGGUUCUUGUGGAA